AUGUCUGAAGCUUCUAUAUUAAUAUUAAAUGAUGUAAUAGUUGAUUUUAUUAGAGAAAUUUGCAAAUUUUCAUCAAAAAUGUCAAUAUUAUCAGGGAGAACUGAAGUUAAUGCAUAUGAUUUGUUUUUUGCAUUAGAGCGCGUUGCAAAUGAAAAUACUAAUUCGUUAAAUACUUUUAUAAUUCAACACGAAAAUUCAAUAUCAUCAACAUUAUAUGCUCCAAACUUUCCACAACCAAAAUUAUCAGAAUAUUACAAACAACAAAUUGAAGAUAAUCCAGGUGAAAUACAUUUUGCUCGUAGAUUUCCAAUAAUUCAAUCUCAAUCUCCUGAAUUUCCAUUCAUACCAAGCUUUUAUCCAAAAAUACCUUCACUUAAAACAACACCAGAUGCAGAAUCUGUAUUACAGACAGAAAAAACAAAAGAUUACGAAAAAGAUAAAAGGAAAUCACGAGAGCAAAAAAUAUUACAGUCAGAGCUAGAUGGUAUGGAUAAAGACAGCCAAUUAAUUGCUCCACAAUUUGUCAAUUUCAAUUUUGCAAAAUUACUUGGCUCAGACACUUCAACUAACCCAGAGCAAAACAGAAUAUCAUCUGAUAUAUUGAAUGGCAUUAAGCCAAUUAUUGAACCAGAAAAAGAAUUUUUAUUCGAACCUUACAAGCCAAAAGAAGAUUUAGACAGUUAA